AUGGUGGCUAGAAAAUGCAACAACAACAACAAUAAGAAGAACUCGGGCACUUUGAAUGACAACAAUAACAACAAUGAGAUGACAAUCACUUUGUAUCAACACAGCGAGAACAAUCGAUCGAUCGAGAUCCGCGUUGAGGAACAUCCAACAGUUGCCUAUCCGUAUAUGCAAAACGCGGAUUGGUGUUUCCCAUGUGAACUCAUUGGAGCCGAGGGGAAAAAGAUGAAAAAUGUGAAGGCACGCUUCCAUCCAAAAGCUUUUACAAUGGCGAGAGAAGAGGAGAAAUACGGGGAAAUGCUGAGGAAAACGGCUGAAGAGACAGCUCUCUCGAUUCUCGGAGUUGAGGGAUGGUUUCUGGAGCCGUUAAAUCAAAACGAUCUCGAUCGUGACACAAUCAAAAGUCUUCGAGCGAUGUUUUCCAUUCUAAAACCAGUCAUCGAAACCUCAUCUGAGAGCCUUGACUUCGUUUUUCCCCUGCUUGUCAGCGGCGAAAUGGAGAAAGCCGACCGGAAACGCAUCGAGCUCGGUUUGAAAGUGCUGGGAAAAGGAAAAGAGCUUAAAUGCGAAUCGCGUUAUGCGACCGAUUCUCUGCACAUUGAUCUCAAUUUUCAAUCAGACACCACUUUGUUUCCCUUAUGGAGUGUCGAGCUUCAGCAUCCCGAUCUCAGCAAUUCAACGAAUCUCACCGGAAACAUUGAGGUGUCCGCACAAAGUCUUCGAAUGCGUUUGUUGAGUGGCGAGAAAGCGGCUGAGCUGUUCACCUCUUUUCCCGCAAUACACAUUGAUUCGUAUUCGACAUUCGACGAGAUGGGCAAUCAACAAGUCAAGAAGAUGCAAUCGGUGCAAGAGAUGGUGGAUGAUCUUCGGAAGAAACUCGAGCAGGAGAUGUUGGCCUAUGCGCAACGGAGUGAACAACAUCGGGGGAAAGCUAGGAAGAUCAUGGUGGUCGAUAAGAACAAAAUGGAGGGUGUCUUCUCAUUGGGUGAACAGAUCGAUAUCCCUCGUAUGAUGCCGCCAACUUGUCUUCCUCCAUUGGCUGUGGCAGUGGAUGUCCCUUAUUCUCCGUCUACUCCAUCACCAAACUCUCAACAGCUCUCCUCAUCACCGACCGAUUCGAUCGACUCGGGUGUUGGCUCAAGUCCGGCCGGAUCUCCGAAAAUCGCCGCCCCAUUGUCUCCUUUCUAUUCACAGCUCGGCUAUCGCACUGGGUUCCGUCAACGCUCGUACAGUGAGACGUGCCCGGGAUUGAAGAGUAUCUUGAAGUGGCCACAGCCGAGAUCCACUCUGACGAGAUCCUCCUCUGACGCAAAGACAAUCGAGAACGAUCGUCGCUUCUCGCUUUCACCGAGUCUUGAUGAUGUUCCAGAAGAAUCGCUGAGCACUCCACGAAAGAAACGGGUUUCAUUCUCGGAAACAGUCGAUACACGCAUGUUCCGAAAGGGAUCGUGCAUUGAGGCACAGAAGAGACGAGCCGAGAAGAGCCGUUUGAGAAAAGAGAGGAAAAUGAGGGGAGAAGUGACAUCGGAAAGCGAUCCGAAUGAGGAAAUUGACAAGGAAGGAAAUGAAGAGGAGGGAAAAGCCGGCUUUCGAACUGACAAUCGACAAGAUAGCGGCUUUUGCGAUGAUGAAGAGCCACCAAAAGAAGACCCGGAACAAAGCUGGAUCCGCAUGGUUCGCUCUCAGCGUCAGCGCUGGAGCUCGGAGAGUAGCGCCAUC